AGUGAGUUAGAAAGCAAGGUGCUAGAUACUUCAGACGACUGCUAUCCAUCGCUACCGCUACAAGACUAUUGCCUGCCCACCCGGCUAUUGAUCCUUUCAAUGGCUGCUGCAAACAAACGUACGCUGUCAGGCAUCGAAGAUGUGAGAGACAGAAAAGCAAAGGUUAUUAAAGACAGCGGUGAGAAGAGACACAUCGCAGCCCUGAUCCUGGCGAGGGGAGGCAGUAAGGGGAUCCCCCUGAAGAACAUCAAAGUUCUCUCCGGUGUCCCCCUCAUCGGAUGGGUUCUGAGAGCUGCAGUGGACUCCAAACAGUUUGACAGUGUGUGGGUAUCAACUGACCAUGAUGACAUUGAGAAGGUAGCCAAGGCAUGGGGAGCUCAGGUUCACCGCAGGAGCCCAGAGGUGUCCAAAGACUCCUCCAGCUCUCUUGACACCAUCCAGGAAUUCGCCCGAUUAAACCCAGAGGUGGAGGUGAUCUGUCACAUCCAGGCCACGUCUCCCUGCCUGCACCCCUUCCACCUGAAGGAGGCCCUGGAGAUGAUCACCAAGCAGGGCUUCACGUCCGUCUUCUCCGUGGUCCGACGACACCACUUCCGCUGGCAGGAGGUGAAGAAAGGAGGUAGUGUAGCCACCCAGCCUCUGAACUUAGACCCGUGUAACAGGCCCCGGAGACAGGACUGGGAUGGAGAGCUGUGUGAGAACGGAUCUUUCUACAUUUAUACCAGAGCGACGAUAGAGAGAGGCCUGCAGGGGGGGAAGUGGGCUUACUAUGAGAUGCUGCCAGAGUACAGUGUGGAUAUUGAUGUGGAUAUCGACUGGCCUGUGGCAGAACAGAGAGUACUGAGGUUUGGUUACUUUGGCCUGGACAAGCCUGAGGUGGUGCGUCUGCUGCUGUGUAACGUCUCCGGCUGUCUGACUGACGGUCCUCAUCUCUGUCUCUGGAGAGGAGAUGGUCUCAUCUCUGUCUCUGGAGAGGAGAUGGUCUCAGUCAACACCAGAGAACAUAGAGAACACACACUAGGGGUGGAGGUACAGAUAUACAGAACAUAUAGAACACACACACUGCAGAGAGAGGGGGUGGAGGUGAUCCUGAUCUCAUCCAGUGAGGACCUCCUGACCAAGGCCCUGGCUGACAAUCUAUCCCAGAGGACAGGCUGCGAGGUCAGGCAGCUGGGCAAGGACAUCCAGGGUGAGGUCAAAGCCAUGAUGGACGACAGGGAUCUGGACUGGAAGGAGGUUGCCUAUAUGGGUAAUGAUGCACCAGAUGUUGACUGUCUGAACCUGGCUGGGCUGAGUGCAGUACCCCGGGACGCCCCAGUGGUGGCGAUCAACGCUGCUAAAUACUCCUGCCACAGUGCUGCAGGCCUGGGGGCUGUGAGGGAGUUUUCUGAACACAUCCUGCUGCUCAAGAAGAAGGCCAAGUCUCAGAUGGAACAGGACCGCAUCCACAGAAAUACAUUCUAAACUCUAGAAUUUGUUCUAAAGUCACAGAGAUCCAUUCUAAACUCUAGAAUGUGUUCUAAAGUCACAGAGAUCCAUUCUAAACUAUAGAAUGUGUUCUAAAGUCACAGAGAUCCAUUCUAAACUCUAGAAUGUGUUCUAAAGUCACAGAAAUACAUUCUAAACUCUAGAAUGUGUUCUAAAGUCACAGAGAUCCAUUCUAAACUCUAGAAUGUGUUCUAAAGUCACAGAUUUCCAUUCUAAACUCUAGAAUGUGUUCUAAAGUCACAGAGAUCCAUUCUGAACUGUAGAAUGUGUUCUAAAGCAGG